UUUGUUUCGCUCAAAGUUAGGACUAACACUCGUAUCUCAAAAAUAAGUUUGAGAGUCUAUUAAAAAAAGAGAAUUAAUGUACCAAUUUAGAUCUGUAAUUCUCUGAUAGUUUUGGUCCCAAAUCAUGAAGAAGUCUGAAAGAAUCUUGAUAUUAUUAUCAUAUUGUUCUAGAAUUAUUGGAGCAUCUCCGAAGACAUCAUACAUAUUAAGAAAGAGUUUGGCUUCAUUUGAGAGCUCCUAUCUAUUAGAUAACAAGGCUCUUGGAUCCCACUCACCAAAGUAAUUUACUCUUAGAAACUUUAUAAACAGGAAAUUUUUAAUAAAAAUUAAAUAAUUUUAAAUACAUAUUCUGUAGAAAUGGAACUCAACCUUAAAAAUAUAAAGAAUAUUAGAAGAUUCUCUAAACCCAAGCCAGUCACAAAGAUUAUAAGCACAGAUAUUUGCAGUAUGGCUAUGAAAGAUUUGAGUGAUGACAAAUUUGACACUAACAUUUCCAACCAUAUUCCUAAAAGCCAGGGUAAUCCCUUAGGUACUCAAAAUUCGGCUUCAAAGGAUUUACCCAUAUCAAAUUUUAAUUCCCUGAAUGGGCUUCAGACUCAGACCUUGAACACGAAGUCAUCCUUUUGCAACAUUAAGAUUACAAAUAAAUUUGGCUCUUCACUACUACCUGCCCUGCCAGAGUCUCCUGCUCAACUCAUUGCUCACAAGAAAAUGCUAAAACUCGAUGGGCUCUCAUCAUUCGCCUCAUCAACCAAGACUCUAAAACAAUCUUGCUCAAAACUAAAAAGUAAGUAACUGGGCCACCAAGUUAGAAAUCAAGAUAAUAAACCUUAAAAGAGGCAGGAAUAAUUCUAACUUGAGCUCACUCAAGAAAGCUAGUGCACAAGGGCUCAGGAUGUCCCAGUUCAAGAAACACAGCAGGAACCCUUCCAAUAAAGUACAGUUAUCGUUAAAGCCGAUUAUAAACAUUUCUAAGAAGUUUGCUGGAGAAGAGCCUGAUAGAAAUAAACCUUCAGAGUCUUCUUCCAAAAUUAAUGGGAUUAAAAUUGGGCCUGGUAGCAAGCAAUUCCUAUCUAGAGAGUCUAUCAUUGAUCUCAAGAUGUUCUUCAACCGUAGAGGCAAGAAAUAAAGGACCUAAUUUUUUUAAAGAAUAA